AAUAUGUAACAUGGUUACCAGUUUGUGACAGUUGAUUACAAAAACCAAUGUUUUGUUAGUAAAUGUGGUAAUCUAAAAUUAGAUAAUUUUAUUCUUAAAUUAUCUUAUGCUUUCAAUUCUACACAGUAAUAACUACAGUUUUUUUGUAGGUGCUGUUUGUUAGUGAUGAUUCAGUCCAGUCCUAGUCCAUGUCCAGCCUGACAGUAGUGAGGUGUCAAAACAAAACAAAUAAAAUUAAAUAUACAUAAAGAAAUAAAUAUAAUAUAUCAUUAAGGAAAUGAUAACUUCCUAAUUUAAACAAAAAAAAUGUUGAAUCGUUUUAAGAACGCUGUUAUUGGUGCCGUAGGUGGCUUUGAAACAAAUGGUUUAGCUCUAAACCAAGAUCUCCAUCAAAGAAGUAGUUUAUCACCGAAAUUUCCUUAUGCUCGACCACACUUUUUAGAAUUAGAUUGGGAACAGAUGCAGAUUUCAGCUGAUCACAGGUUACGCCCUAUAAUUCAUCCAAGUCAAUCGCUAGCCUUUAAUACAGGUUAUGCAGAAUGCAUUAAUGCAGGCAAAUCAAAAUGGAAUGAAGAUCAGGCAGUACUUCAGCAAGGUGUACUAACUAAAUUAGAAUUAGUGGAGAACUCUCCACCAGUAAAGUAUGACAUACCGUAUUCUUACUAUGGCAUAUUUGAUGGGCAUGCUGGUGUUGGUGCUGCAUUGUGUGCAGCCAAUCAGUUACACCAUAUUUUGCAUGAAAAGCUAGUGGAUGCUCAAGAUGAUAUAUGGCAAGAUUUUAUAGGCAAAACUGUUUCUAAGCCACGUGAUUUGUUAAUUAUAGGAGCUUUAGAAUCAGGGUUUAGAGAAAUGGAUCAGCUCAUUGCUGAAGAUAGAAAUAAAUACCAAAGUGCUGGAGGUUGCACUGCUUUAGUUGCUUUGUUUAUACUGGGCAAGCUGUAUGUUGCAAAUGCUGGAGACUCUAGGGCAGUUAUAUGUAGCACUAAUAAAAUAAUACCCAUGUCUAUGGAUUUUACACCUGAAAACGAAAGAGAUCGUAUAAGACAACUUGCAGAAGAACAGCCUGCUCUGUUAGGGAAGGAAUUUACUUUUCGUGAAUACAUUUGUCAACCAAAAUCUGUCGAUUUAGGAAAACCUAUAAUGUACAGAGAUGCUCACAUGAAAGGAUGGGCUUACAAAACAUUACAGACAGAAGACUUGAAGAUGCCUGUCAUAACAGGGCAAGGCAAAAGGAGUAGAGUAAUGGGUACAAUUGGCGUUACAAGAGGCUUUGGAGAUCAUGAUCUUCUUGCAGUUCAUCAGAAAACCCCUAUAAAACCAUUUCUAUCUCCACAUCCUGAAGUACAAGUUCAUAAAUUAAUAGACGUGACGGAGAAAGACGUUUUAGUAAUGGGUACUGAUGGUUUAUGGGAUGUAGUGAGUUGUUCGAAAGCAGCAGAGGUAAUUGGAAAACAGUUUGAUUUAUUUAGCCAAAAAGAACGUUAUGUUAGUGCUGCUACUUGUUUGGUUGGUUCUGCCAGAGGAAUAUUAGUGAAUGAUCAUUCUUGGCAGCUAAAAAAUGAAAAACCAGCCUCAGUGGACGAUAUUUCAGUGUUUGUUAUACCCCUUUUUCCAUACAGAGACGCAUAUUUGGAAUUUAAAAGUAAAUACACUGAUGUUGAUUUAUAAAUUUAUACCUAAUACAAUUUUCAACUAUUGUUAAAUACGUACUUUCGACUUAUUUGUAAUUAUUGACAAGAUGUGAUGAGGUAGAAAGCAGUUUAUGUGCAAUAAUGUGUAUCGAAAUCGAUCCAUUCCAUAUUUAAUGAUUUUUUCAACUUAAUAAUUUGUUUUAAAAUUAAUUAUAGAUAGAAAAAUAUUAUUUUAUAAAUAAUAAUGGACUUAUAAGUCCAUGGGUAAUGUGUUUUUUUUAUAUUGCACAUUAGUUGAAACAGUUGUACAUUUCCUAAUUAGAGAUGUAUAAAAGUACCUAAGAAAAGUUUAUAGCAUUUAUGACGUUUUAUGUUACUCUUUUUUUAAGUAAUUUGUGUACGUUUGUCUUUUUGAAUGUUUAGUUAUUAACAGAAAUGCCUACAAUUUUAAUGUUAAGUAAAGAACCAAUUCACAAAAGCAUUGUAAAUCAAUUUCAAUUAUGUUUUCAUUUGUCAGGAAAAAAAAUGGAUAAUAAUUAUUGUUGAUGCCUAUUCACACCCCAAAUAGAUAUGUAAAUUUGUUCAAGUUAAAAAAAGGUUUGAAUUGGUACAGCUUUUCUUUAUACUUUAUUAACACAUUUAGAAGUAU